UUCUUGGAUUGGGGUGCGGGGAGAGGUCUAAGGGAAGUGGGUGUAACUAAUGAAAUUCCUGUAAAUGUCUUGUUGGGGAAUGAUUUGGGUUACAUGAUAACUGCUUUUGUGCCCUAUGACCAGGUCUCACUAGGUCCAGCCGCGCUGGAGUGUGGCCACCCACCUCAACAGGUAAUUGUAAAAAGUACAAUGCAGCAAAGUAACUGGGAGGGAGGACUGGGAGGCAGGAGCCAGAGUCAACCAGUGCCUGAACCAGUGUUGUCCCAAAGUAGGGAUAAGAAGGGAGAGGGGGAGGAGAGGUUUCCCCUAGGAGUCUCCCUGGUGCAGCCCGGUAGUAUACCGGCAGUGAGGGAUUUCCAGCGUGUAAUCCCUGAUCCUGUACCCAAAAUGCCUGAAGUCUUGAGUGGGGGUCAGCAGCUACGCCAAGCUCAGGAGUCAGUGCAGAAGCAUGAGGGACAGGUGGUUAGGACUCAGAGUAGGGUCCUAGUGGAUAAUGCCACUCAGACUGGGGAGAGUGAUGGUAGUAGUGGGCCAGGAAUAGCCCUCAUGCCAGAACCAGUACUGAGGGGCGGUCAGGUGGUCAGUACUAAGGAGGAAAGGCUGACAGUACCAGGAGUUGCUCCCAAGUCAGAUAGCAACAAAGUAGUUUUUCCAGAAGUCCAGAGUAUUAAGGACAAGCCCAGUGGUUUAUGCCAACCCAAGACUAAGCAGGUUAGUGGAGACCAGGGUGGCAUCAAGGGGGUGGGAGGCCUCCAACUACUUUCUAUGUCUAGGCCCAGGGAAUGGGAGAUUAGAGAUAGGCUGGAGGGCCCCUCAGUGAACAAGGUGGGAGGAAUAGGUCAGAUGCCUGAGGAGAGCAGUGAUAGACCAUUGCCUACUAUGCAAACCUGCACUCUGUCCAGAGACAGUGCAGAUAGAGGCAAAAUGGGAAGUAUACCUACAUCAAACCAGUCCAGUACCUGGGAUUAUACUGAUACAGCCCUCAAGGAACAAGACUUUAGGCCGGGGAGGUAGCCUGAUCCCUCAUACUGUAUAACAUGAAUGGAUAUUUCGAUAAUGACCUGGCUAUGGUUAUGGAUUUAUGUUUUAUUGUGGCAAGGUUAAGAGUGACCUGUAAGUCAAUCUCCCCUUGCUCACUCUAAAAAGGGGAGGUGUCAUGAUACAGGCCUGUAAUAGUUAAUAAAACAGGCCAAGGUAUCAUGAGAAAUAUUUCUGCCAACAUCUAAAUCAGACACAUAACAGGCCUCUUUUCACUAUGGUCAGAGGGGUCAGAGCU